CAACAGGCGGAUUCUGUAGUCUAGUACAGUUCAGUUCACACACAAAUUCCAAGCACAGGAAGUGGGACAGCCUCUGAAAAGUGUGUCACUAACGCUUUGAUAGACAAAUCAUUUUGUUUUGACAGCAAGUUCUAUUUUUAUGCAUUUUCUACAAAUGGUCAUGUGAUUUUGAACUGUAAGCACGGACCGUACCAUGAACUUUACUAAACGGAAAAUUAGACGCGAAUGAUUCUCGUGAAAUCCUACAAACUUUGCUGCGUCCUCGGCUUCAGCCUAAUUAAAACCCGAGCUCUUGGUCAGUAACAGUAUCUCGUGAGUCGCGCGCUAUGCGCACCUAAUCUCGCGCACCGACUGGGCUCUGACAACUUCCCUGGGUCCAGUUAAGGAAAGAAAAAGCACACGAAACUUCAGCUUUCAAAGAUUCCUGAAUUAUGCCUGUCCCUCCACCUCCUCCGCCACCUCCCCCAGCACCACCACCCCCACCUCCACCUGCUUUGGCUUCAGCACAAUCACGGACAGACCCUCCUAAAGUCCAGCGUUCUGAGGGAGGAGGUCGUAGUGCGCUUCUGGAUGACAUUCAGAAGGGUGCAAGGCUGAAAAAGGUUGGACAGGUCAAUGACCGCAGUGCCCCCAUCCUUGACAAGCCUAAAGUGAGCAGUGUGGAUGACAGUGGGGCUGUUGGGAACUCUGCAAACAUAACAGGAUUUGCUGCACCUGCAAUGGGUCCAAGUCUUGGAGGACUGUUUGCCGGGGGAUUUCCUGUACUCAAACCGGCUGGACAAAGAGACAAACGGCCACAGCACAACCCAGUGUCUCGUUCAGGCUCUACCACUAGUCUGAAGCAGCCUCUUUGGAAUCCUCCAUCACAGGGAGACCGAUUUAGAGGAAGUGCGCCUGAUCUUUCCCCAUCCCACAAAUCUUUGGAGAGAACUCCCCCUUUGUCUAAAGCUCGGCCUGUUUCCUCAUACACGGCUCCACCCUCCCCCAGCCAAACUGCACAUCCUACUUUCAAACUUCCAUCUACACCUCCCUCUUCUGCCCCACCCCCUCCUCCUCCUCCCAGUAAUAAACCCCCUCCUCUCCCCUCUGGUCCACCUCCUCCCCCACCUCCUUAUAUGGCCAAACCCACUUGGUUACCUGUCCAGUCACACUCCAUUCCCAUGCCCACAACUCCGCCUCCUCCACUGCCUCCCUCGGUAUCUGCAUCCUCUCUUCCUGACAGGUCAUCUUGUGUCUUUUAUCCUCCACCCCCUCCAUCUGUACCUCCAACCUCUCUACCUGACAGGUCAUCUGGGGUCUUCUACCCUCCGCCUCCUCCACCGCCUCCAUCAGUACCUCCAUCCUCACUCCCUAACAGGUCAUCUGGAGUGUUCUUCCCUCCGCCCCCUUCUCCAGGACUGUUAGAAAUUAAUGACAGUAAUUUAGGCCCUCCUCCCCCACCUCCAAAAGUACCUGCUAUGCCUUCACCCACAUACAGGCCCAGUGUACCACCAUUGCCACCCUCCUACCCUUGUACUGCCCCCAGUAGACGACCCCCUGCAGUGCCUCGAAGUGCAGCUGCUCCACGGCUGGCUCCACCCCCCGCUCCACCAGCUCGUUCUCCUAACACUGAACUCUCCGGUAGGAUCCCUCCUCCAAUUCCCCUCCCACCAUCAGCCCCACCCAGUUCAGUACGGAAUGGAAACCUGGUCACCAGUAUAGAUGACUUUGAAUCGAAGUUUCAUUUUCAUCCAAUUGAGGAUUUUCCCCCUCCUGAAGAGUUCAGGCCCUUCCCACGUAUCUACCCCAGCAAGGAGAACAGAGUCAACCCACAACCUCCUGCCAUGAGGACUCAUAUAAGAUGAAAUGUGACAAUACCAUGUUUGGUACUAACCUUUAUCUGGACAUUUAUAAUCAUCAUCAACUCCAUUAUCAGUGAAGAACAGCAGCCAAAAUUGUAAUUUUAUUCAACUCAAUCACCUCAGCCCUACCAACUGAAUCUGUGACAAACUUAAUGUUUCAUGUACAAUGAGCAAGGAAAGUUUUUGAAAGAGAUUUAGACAUGCUUUCACACCAUCCACAUUUCAAGAAUGAUUGUUACAGCUAUAGCCUUUUUACCUCUGCAUGAAAAGCAUUAUCCUUUUUUUAAAACUAUUUUUUCCUUAAUAACCAAGAAAGUGCUUUGAUAUUACAGUUUUAGUAACAAAUGUUAUUAAUCGUUAACAGUGCUGUUCUGCCAGGGGGCCCCCAUGCUGUCAAAGACAUUAUAAUCAGUGUUACGAACAUACUGAAGGGGACCCCCACACACAUUUUUGCUUAGAGCCCCCAAAAGGUUCUGACCGGCACUGUUCGCUAACAAUAAACCAACAGCACGAUUGCGAGUGUGAUAUUGUUUGUUUUUCCCAACAGUUUAACAGAUAAGUAAAUAAUAUUGAAUAACUUAACUUUCAGACAAAAAAUAAAGUUAGUCCAUGCAUUUCUUCACUGGCAGCAAAAAUAGUUCAAAAACUGCCCAAAGCAUCAAGCACAACUCCAUUUUGUUUAAUUCGUAAACGAAUCUGUGUUGUUGAAUGAAUAGUUCUCGUUCACUUGCAUUGUUUCGAUUGUGAACAACUCAGUGUUGUUUAACAAAUCACUUGAGACAAUGAUUCAUUGACACAUUCACAACAUAAAAGACGGUAUUUUUCACCACCUGCCUGUGGAAAAACAUACAAUCUGCACAAAUGGUCACUGAAAAUGA